GGGCUGGGGUGCGCCUGAGCCUUAGAGUGGGCUCCAGGCAGUCUCGGGCUUCACAUAGACUCACUACUCUAUCAUACAGUGGCCAGUGGAAUGCUUGGGGAGUCAUCCGGUGGCCACCUUUCGUUAGCUUGACUCUCUGAGAUGUUGCAAUGUCCCGUGCUGUCUUCCAAAACGUGGAUUUGUGCUGGGUGAUUUUUUUCUACUUAGCUUCAACGCCUGGCUGUAGAUCAGCCGAUGCCGACAGCUGUCAUGAGGUGAAGACAGCAUACAUGAUGCGCCAAAUAGGCCAGGUGGAACUGGUGCCAGACACUCCCCAAACAGAUGAUUCUCUCAGAGUGUGUGUCCACUCUGGUCUGGGGUGCUGUACCAGUAAGAUGGAAGACGGUUACAUGGCCGCCGUUCGCAGCGAGACUCAGCAGAAGAUCCGAUCCUUCAGCUUUGAGCUCAAGUACCUGAUUGCCGGACACAGCAAAGCCUACCGAGACACCUUUGAUUCCCUGGUCUCCUUUACCUCGAAUUUGACCAGCAACCUGUUUGACAGCGCCUACUCCAGCCUGGCGUCGGAGUGUCGGCCGCACGUGCUUCAGCUUUUCAACGCCGUUCGUGGCCAUCUCUCGGGGGAGCCCGAGGCCUCUUUGGAACGAGCGGUGGGGACCUUCUUCAACGAGCUCUUCCCACUGGUCUACGGGCGACUUCUCAACCCUGGAAUGGGCCAGCCGUCGCCUCCCUCUUUUUCCGCUCAGGAAGAGUGCCUGCGGAUGACGCGGCAGGAUGUCAGUCCCUUUGGGCCCCACCCUCCAUUUCUGCUCGCCAGUCUUUCCCGUGCGCUCCGAGCGGGCCGAACUCUGAGUCGAUUGCUCCAAUUGGCGGGGGAGGUGGUGGAUGCCACGGAAAAGGCCCCGUUAUCCCGAGAGUGUGGCCGGGGCUUAGUGAGGAUGCGGUAUUGCUCCCAUUGCAGAGGUCUGACAUUGAUCAGGCCCUGUAGCGGACUCUGUGUUAACGUGAUGAGAGGAUGUCUGGUGGGGAUAUCUGAACUUGCUGCACCCUGGAGAAGGUUGGUCCUGUUGCUCCAAAGAUUAGCCGGGACUUUAGCGACCAGCAGCAACCGCAACAGCAUGGAGCUGGCGCUGUUGGCCGUUCGGAAUCAUGUCGAUGAUGCCAUCCUGCACGCCCAGUUGCAUGGGCCGCGCAUCACUGCCAUUGUGGAGAGGGUGUGCGGGUCACACGCAGCUGGUCCCGUGAUGAUGAGCGGACAUCCCAACACCUCCCACGUCACAAAAGCGACUGGGCGGAUGAUGCAAAGAGCAACAAAGAGGACGCCCCUGACCUCUUUGGGCUUUCCGAGUCUUCAGCUCCAGACUCAGAGGUCGUUCCCUCUCAAAGGAUCCAGAGGUGACAAGAGCCGCAGUCUGAAGAAAUUGUCAAGGGAGUUUGAGGGCUCUAUUCAGCGCUACCAGUCGCUUUUCUCCGAGCUCCCUGAGAUGCUUUGCGAAAGUGAGACGGAGGUUGAGCAGCACGCGUGUUGGAGCGGCCGAGACGUCGUGGAGAGUUAUGCAGGUGGCGUGGUGGCCAGCACUUUGAAAGCACAGAGGGACAACCCGGAAAUGAGCGUCCGCGAUCCUGAUCCUGCCCUACGGGCGGCAAAACACCGACUGGAGCAGUUGACACAGGAACUUUUAGCGGAGCUCGGCUGGGCGCACCAAACCGCAAGAAAAGGGGAGGAAGAGGAGGACGGGGGGAGUGCACAGACAGAAAAGGAAAGGGCCAGUGGAGAUGAUUGCGAUGAUGAAGAUGGCUGUGAAGCAUCUGGUACGGCCCCGUAUGAUUUCCCCAGUGGCCGCAGUCCGGUGAUGGAGGACAGGGCUGGUCUUGCCCCUCCCCAGCGCAUUCCUCCUCAUCUGGACUCUCCCCCGCUGGUGGCCGUUCGAGGAUGGGCCAGCGCGCCCACUGUGGAACGACUGCAUCUGAGCUUGGCCGCCGUCCCGUUGCUGCUGUCGCAAUUGCAGAGCCGUUAAGCUGCGAAAUGACCGAGUCUGCGCUUGCGUGCCUGCGUGGGACUUUGAAAGGACGAGCCUGCGUUUGUUUAAAAGCUGUCGGGCCGCUCAUCUUUACGACAGUGCGAAUCCGUGCGUGCGUGGGACUUUGAAAGGACGAGCCUGCGUUUGUUUAAAAGCUGUCGGGCCGCUCAUCUUUACAACAAUGCGAAUUGUCGUCAUCAUGGUGGAAGAUGAACUAUUGAUUGAGCAUUUGCUCCGACUUGCACUGACCUCUCUGCUCACUUGUACUCAACUCUUCGACAACAGAUGGCAAAGCACUACUUUUUUCAAAAGGUGUAAAUACAAAUCUAUAUAUUUA